AUGUUGAAACUGCUCCCACGCCAGCGGUGCCCACGCUGGAGCCCACACCAGCGCCCACUCUGGACUUCCAAGGCCAGAUGUUCAUUGUGCUCAGCGGCGAAUGCACGGUCGACGACAGCCACUGCGCGCAGAGCCCCAACUAUCCCGACUACGCCGCGGACCAGAGCUGCUCCAUCGCCGUCAAUUCGGAGCAAGGCAGAGCCGAUUUUGGUGCUGGACUUCGACACAGAGGCUGAUUGGGACAUCAUGACCAUCAAUGGCUUAGACUACAGCGGGGCCACGGAGCCAGCGGGGAUCGUGCCCACAGACACCAUCACGUGGUCUUCCGAUUUCAUGGUCCAAGCGGGAGGAUGGCUGGCGCCUGUGCCCGCAGUUCCAGUACCAGACGCAGCCGAGCGCGCCGCCCACGCCAGCACCGCCGACGUCCGUGCCCACGCCCGCGCCGCCGACGCCCGCGCCGACGCCUUUCCAGUGCGGAGCUCGUCGUCGUCGUCGUCGUUGCCGCCGCCGCCGCCGUCGUCGUCGGGUCGGCUCGAGGAGCGAGGGGCUUGGGCUGCCCCCGAGGUGGGCCUCAAGUCUGCCGGCUGGGCCGAGUCGUUCUGCGGAGGCACGCUCAUCGACAAGAGGUGGGUGCUCACGGCGGCGCACUGCGUCGGCGGUGCCAGCUUCAACAUCAUCGCUGGCGAAUUUGACCUCGCGUCGGACGACGACGGCGCCGAGCCCGUGGUCUUGCAGGUUGCCAACGUGAUCGUCCAUGAGGACUACAACCCGAGCACCCUCGACAAGGACUUCGCACUCGUGCAUCUGGCGGAGGACGCGCCACUCGGCAGCUGCAUCGGGACCGCCUGCCUGCCUAACUCAACGAGUGAUCUACCGGUCGGCUCCACGUGCUACAUCUCGGGCUGGGGCACGAUGUCAGCGGGAGGAAACGCGUCGAACACGAUUCGGGAGGCGGAGGUGACGACGCUGAGCAACGAGGCGUGCUCGACGAUGUAUGUAGGGAACAUGAGCUCGAACUAUUACGACGACGAGAACAUGAGCGACGAAAACAUGAGCUCGGACUAUUACUACGACGAGAACGCGACCUAUGACCCACUCGCGGGUUGGUGGGAUCCCAUCACGGACAGCAUGCUGUGCGCCCAAGGAGUCCUGAACGGCGGGGUAACAGACGCCUGCCAGGGCGACAGCGGUGGGCCGCUGGUCUGCAGUAACAGCGAGGGCUACUUUGAGCUCCACGGCACCACCUCGUGGGGCUACGGCUGCGGCGACCGAGAUUAUCCUGGAGUGUGGGCUCGGGUGACCUCUGUGAUUGACUGGAUCACGGAAACAAUGAGCAACCCACCACCUCCGCCAACACCCUAUCCACCCGUGGCACCCGGAGAAGCGUGGACGGUGGCAUCUGGCGAUUGCGUUGUCAGUGGGGACUGUCUGACAAGCCCCAACUACCCCCAGCAGUACGACACUGACCAGGCAUGUGUUAUCCUCGUUGCGACAGGCAACACCAUGGCUAUCGAGGUCAGCACGUUCCAGACGGAGGACAGACUACUUCGACUACCUGACGGUGAACGGCAACCACUUCCACGGAGGCGACGGGCCCGCCGGGGUCGUGCCCAGCUCCGUGAUCACCUGGUCCGCGGACUACACCAUCUCGGACAGCGGCUGGAAGCUCUGCCUGGUGGAGGGGUCGGGCGAGGCGGGCAGCUGCGCGGACGACCUCGUGCCGGACGGGGCGGCGGAGUGGUACGACGCGGACGGGGAAAUGUACACCUGCGAGUGGUACGCCGCCACCAACAGCUGCGGGGAAGACUGGGUGCAGGGCGUUGCGCUCUUCGGCAUGACGGCCACCCAGGCCUGCUGCACCUGCGGCGGCGGCGAGACCAGCGGCGGCCACGACUACUACGACGACAACUCCUACGACUACGACUGCAACUACUACUACUACUAUUACUGCGACAACGCCACCACCACGGACGCCGACCUCCUGGGCGCCAGCGGCACCGACGCCGACACCGCGGACGUGAUCAGCACCGCUGCCCGCACGAGGGCUGGCGCCCUCCUGCUGGCCGGCGCCCUGGCCGCCUCCGCGGCUGCGUGAGGGCGGCGCGCCCGGUGGGUGCCCGUCGCGGGCGCCUCGGCGGCGCCGUCCUGCUGGCGGCGCCACUGUUGCGCUGCCAGCGAGCAGUUCCAGUCACGAGGUAG